AUGAAAAUAUUCUAUUAUCUAUCAUUUUCUUUCUUUCCUUAUCUUGUUUCAUUUUUUCUUUUUCACUCAUUUUUCUUUCUUUCCAUGUUUCAUUUUUCCCUUUUUCGCUCAUUUUUCUUUCCUGUUUCAAUUUUACCAUUUUCGCUCAUUUUUCAUUUUUUCUUUCUAUUUUUUCAUUUUAACCUUUUUUGCCCAUUUUUCUUUCUUUUCUUAUUUCAUUUCUACCUUUUUCGCUCAUUUUUCUUUCUUUCGCUAUUUCAAUUUUACCUUUUUCGCUCAUUUUUCUUUCAUUCGCUAUUUCAAUUUUACCUUUUUCGCUCAUUUUUCUUUCCUUCCUUUUGUUUCAUUUUUAACUUUUUCGCCCAUUUUCAUUCUUUUCUUGUUUUAUUUUUACCUUUUCGUUCAUUUUUCUUGUUUCCUUUUUACCUUUUCCACUUAUUUUUCUCUCUUUCAUUCGUUUUACUUUUUCUUUUUCUCUCGUUUUCGUUCUUUCUCUUUUUUAUUUAUUUCUGUCUUUUUUUUCAUUCAUUUGAUUUCUCCACUUGGCUCGCUUUUUUAUCUUUAUUUCUCUCCUUUUUUCGCUUUUUUUCCCUUUUUCUAUUUUUCUUUCUUCCUUUCUUUUUUCGAUCUUUUCUUUUUUUCUUUUCCUCUCGCCUCUUCACUUUUCUAUUUCCUUCUUGCAUUUCUUUUCCCUUCUUUUUUUCAGCUUUUGAUGAGUUAUCUAUUCCUCCAGAACCACCUCCUUGCUUUCUUCACCCACCAAAUAUUCGCCUGACCGACUUUAUCACCCCCACCCCUCAUGAUCACCUUUCCUAUUCUAUCCACUCUCGCCCCACCCCCAACUUCAUUAUCAAAUUAUUACUGCCAUGGACAAAUGAUAAUAUCUAA